UCAGAUUUCUUUAGCCCACGAAGUGAGAAUGUGGGGUUACUCUUCCAAGAAGAUUAAUAAGGUCACGUUGGAGAACUUCUUUGUUUGGGCUGCUGCUUGUCUACAACUUCAGUUUAUUUGGUACCUAUAUAAGGUUUUUUGCAACAGUGUGACUGACAGACUUUUCCGAGCCCCUUGUAUAGGGUGAAUCUCUACUUUUAAAGGCUUUAUAAUUGUGACAAUUUAUUCUUUUGUGAAAUAAGAACACCUUCAUUUGUUUGACACAUGAAAAGAUAACCCAUUUUAGAUUUUGAGUCUGAAAAGUAGAGUUGGUGAUAUUUUUCACAAUCAGACUAUUUUCUUUAUUUCUUAUUUAAGAAAACAUUCCAUUGUUGUGACUCACAUUAAAGAACGCGUGUGUUUUACGUCACUUGGUCCGUGGCCUUAUCGAAUUGCUCGUUGUGCCUGACCUAAUGACUAUGGAUCAAGUUACUGUGUGCCACGUGCCCCUGAGUUUACGCAAGAACAACAGGGACACUUUGGUACCUCGUAACAAACAAGUGAUGAUGAAAGAAGAUGCUUUUGUGGACACACAAGUUAUGUAUGUGGCUGCUAGUGAUAAUGGUCCUGUAAACCUGCACUCAAAGGAACGGAGAGUUAUUUUAAAUGGUGGACCUGCAGAGUGUGAACAAGAUGAGGAGAUGGGUGAAGACCCAAAUUCCAGCUGUCAUACUUUUGUCCAAGAUAAUUAUAGGCAACCUCCUUCACCUCCAGGGAGCCCUAUGUGUAUAGCUGAGGAGAAUGGUCAAUUUGAUACAACACGCAAGACGUCUUCCAUGAUGGAACUACAUACUGACACUGAAAAGAACAGUAACAGAUACACAGGUGGAUUAACAUCAGUUACUAGUGUGAAGUCUUGUACUAUACUUCCAAGUGCGUAUAAUCAUGCAGUUGACAAGAGAAUUCACCAGUCUUUUGGAUCAACCCCGUCUCUACUGUUUGGUAAAGACUAUCCAUCUGUAGGACCUCCUUGCGCAAGAAACCCUUUUCCAGCUCUCGGUCAUAAUAGUCCUGUUCAUCAUGCAGUUGGCUUUGCAGUUGGACCUUAUAGUCAAUCUCCCAGUCCUGUGUUUCCAGGUAGCUGUAGUUCCAGAUCUUCUCAGUCACCAGCUCGGAGCCCUCUGUUAAACGGGCAUUCCAGUGGCCUUACUUCAGCUCCAUAUCUUAACUGUAAAAGUCCAGAGCUCCACCAACAAUCAGUUGGAGUCACCACUGAUCAUGCAGUCUCUUCACAACGGAAUAGUCCACAGCAGAGCAACAGAAACAAAGCGGAGGCAUCUUUCUUUUCCCCGAAUCGGAGCCCAAACCACGGAGGACAUCAUUACCCGGAUGGAAGUGCAAGUUUUUCGUCAAACCCUACUUCAACUCAAGGAAGAGAAGCCAUGCUCUCCAGACCCAUUCCAUUUGGUGCUUCUCCAUCCCCCACAUUACUUCAUCAGAAUCAACAAGGGUUUGAACGACCACCUAGUUCUGGGUAUGAAGGUCAUAGUAGUUUCUCUGAACCUACUUCUCACACUUCACCACUUCUUCAUCAGUCCAGUUUUGAGAUCCGAUCAGCAGCCUCGAGUGCAUCUAUAGCAUCUAGUGCUUCAGAUGAAUCGAAUGCUAGUGACUUUGCUGGACCUCUUCACCGAUUAUCUACAGACAACAGCAGCGACGAGAGUAGAGUGUCUUUAAUGACAGACAUAUCUCUGGGAUAUUCAGGAGGAACGGGUGGCAUAUCUCGCCAACAGCUUCUGAGUGGGCCAUGUCCCAUAUGUGGAGAUCGUAUCUCUGGGUUCCACUACGGCAUCUUCUCUUGUGAAAGCUGUAAAGGUUUCUUCAAAAGGACUGUGCAAAACAAAAAAAACUAUGUGUGUCUACGUGGUGCCAACUGUCAUGUAGCGAUGACCACUAGAAAGAAGUGCCCAGCUUGUCGAUUUAACAAGUGUUUGAAGAUGGGGAUGAAACUGGAAGCUAUCCGUGAAGACCGCACUAGAGGUGGCCGGAGUACUUAUCAGUGUUCUUAUUCCAUACCCAAUCAGUCUGUCAAUGAUCCUUGGAUUCCAUCAGGAUCUGAGAGUUGCAUGGGGCCUCCUCAUACAGACCACAUGUUCCAAAGCCAUGCAAGAGUUUCAGAUGGCCACAACCGUUCUCCAGCCAAUCAGUCUCCACCCUAUAUACCACAACUCAUCCAGGAGAUAAUGUCUGUAGAGCAUCUCUGGCAUUAUUCAGAAAAGGAAAUGACCAAGGUUCCAGAGCAGUUGGAAGAGAAACCUAUAAAUGGUGAAUCAGAUUUUUUGACAACACUCUGCAAGAUUGCAGAUGAUAGGCUUUACAAGAUUGUGAAAUGGUGUAAAAGUUUGCCACUUUUCAAAGAAAUCCAAAGGGAUGAUCAAAUCUCUCUUCUUAUUAACUCCUGGUGUGAAAUGCUGUUACUGAGCUGCUGUUAUCGGUCCAUGUCUACUCCAAAUGAAAUACGCAUAUCAAGAGGAAAGCCUGUCACUUUAGAACAAGCUCAGCAGACUGGUCUUGGCCCUGUCAUAGAGCGAAUGUUGAAUUUAACAGAACAUUUGCGUACUCUUCAAGUAGACCAGCAUGAAUUUGUCUGUUUGAAGGUCAUCAUCUUAUUGACCUCGGAUGUAAGUGGCUUGAAAGAACCAGAUAAAGUUCGAACCUGUCAGAAACAAGUGCUUGAAGCUCUCCAGUUAUACACCCGCAUUCACUACCCGCACCUUCCCAGCAAAUUUGGUGAGCUACUGCUGCGAAUUCCUGAAUUGGAGCGAGCCUGUCAGAUGGGAAAGGAAUCAUUGGCUAGCAAACAACGUGGGGGUGAAGUGCCUAGCUUUCACCUGCUAAUGGAGCUGCUUAGAGGUGACCACUAACUAUAGUGGAACAACAGUGCUUUUAUUAAGUUGUUGAUGAUGUUGCCACUAACAGUUUGGUGAAAAUAAUGUAUUCUAAAUUGGGCUUUUUUUUUUUUUUUUAUUGAGUAUUUUAAUUCUGCCAGAACUUGGUAUGUUUUACUUCAAAGAUGGUAUUAUUUUCCAUUUAACCAGCUAUUUCUAGUUACUGAAACUGAAAGAGGUUGGAAAGACUUGGCACUUUACAAAUUGUUCUGAUACAGUCUUUAGGUACAGAAAAAUUUCAUGCAUAAAAUCAAAAAGUAAA